AUGGUCGGCGCAGUCAUUUCAGCCAACCCGCUGCAACUUGACAUUCGCAGCCACAAGAAAUGCAUGUUCAUUUGCUGCAUCAUCACUGUCGCUAGUUUCCAAUAUGGUCUUGACUACGCUCUAGUGGGCGGCUUCAUGGCCAUGCCUGGUUUCCUACAGGUGUUUGGCUACUACGAUGAAGCAGCAGGAGAAUGGGCUAUCGAUCCGACCGUCCAGCAGCUGAUCUCGUCGCUUAUGACCAUUGGAACCUUUGUGGGAUCUCUUGCCGUUGGUCCUUUCAGCGCCCGAUUUGGCCGAAAGUAUGGUCUCUGGGGUGCUUCGUUCAUCAAUGCCAUCUCAACGGCCAUCAUGCUGGGCACGACAAACCUGGGUGCGCUGUACUUUGCCCGUUUCAUUCUCGGUAUCUCGGUUGGAUGGUUUUUGACGUUUUGUCAAGUCUAUGUCAACGAGGUUGCACCGGCGCAUCUUCGUGGUAUCGUCUUCGCUGUAUAUCAAAGUCAGCUGUCUAUUGGCUCGAUUGUUGGUGCCGCGGUCGACUACGGAACUCAUCAUAUGAUGAGCAAACAGUCUUAUCGCAUUCCUCUGGCCGUUUUCUACCUUGCGCCAACUAUUCAGACCAUCGCGCUGUUCUUCUUCCCGGAGAGCCCGAGAUGGCUGAUGACCCAGGGAAGAGAACAAGAGGCCGAAGCCUCUCUCCGCAAGCUACGCAACUCAAACAUCCAGGAAAGUGAGUUCCAGGCCGAGUUCAACGAGAUCCGCAUAGCCACCCGGGAGCAGAUCGAGCAAAACAAGAAACAGUUGUUCGUCGAGAUGUGGAAGGGCACCAACAGACGACGCACCUUCCUCUCCAUCGCUGUUAUCUGCUUCCAUUGCGCAAACGGCUCUUCGUGGAUCAACAUCUACACAACCUAUUUCUUACAGAUCGCUGGAAUCCAGGAGGCUUUCGCAUACUCUGCGAUGGUCACUUGUAUGGGACUCCUCGGCGUCAUUACCAGCUUCUUCUUUGUCCGACACAUCGACAGACGAGUGAUCAUGCUGAUUGGAAUUGGUGCGUGUGGUCUCGCUCAGCUGGCAUUUGCGGUCGCUUGGACUGCUGCUCCCGCGACAGCAGUAGCCGGACGUGUCGUGGUCGCUUUCAUCUGUCUUUUUACGUUCUUCUACGUCGCUUACGCGCCAUAUGCGUGGCUCUUGGGAGGCGAGUAUCCAAACAACCAUCUCCGAGCCCACGUUUUUGGCUUGGGUACCGCACUCAAUUUCCUGGGGAACUGGCUGGGUGUCUUUACGGCGCCAUACUUCAUCAAUCCAGCAAGUCUCGGAUGGAACGCGCGAUACGGAUACAUUUGGUUCGGUUCGAAUGCGAUUCUCUUCGUCUUCACGUUCUUCUACAUCCCCGAGACACGCGACCGAACGCUGGAGGAGAUUCACGAGAUGUUCCAAGCCAAGCUGCCAGCUCGUAAAUUCAAAGGAUAUGUGUGCAGUGGGACUGCGGCAAUGGCUGCAGCUGGGGCUGAGAAGGAAGUGGAGGUGCAAGAACUCGAGACUACUUCUCAGGCUGAUGGUGUGGGCAAGGGAAGCUCGACGGCAGCUACCACCCAAGUGUGA